CGUAAUCAGAUAAACCGGUUUGCCGCCGAGGCAACCGUAAUUUUUCAGUCUUGUUCGAUAGAGAGAAUCUAGGGUUUGUGGAAACGAGCAGUCAGUUCUCGUCGGAUCCCCCCACAACCACGACCGUAAGCAGAGCGACGACUGUGAGAGUCUCUGAUUUCUUGAAUUCCCAGUGGCGUCGAUUUGCUUGAGGAGAGACAUUUGUUGAUUUCCAUUUUCUCUCGAAAUCACGAAUUCUGAAAGCUCAAAGAGAGUCGAUUCCUGCUAUCGUGUUACUCUAGCCAGGUGUCUCCAGUUUCCGAGAAACCAGAGGUCAGGUAGGGUGGUAUAGCCAGAUGAAAGGAUGGUGCUAACUGAAUUGAGCCUUGACUACUCAAAUAGGGGUUUAGGUUCUCAAAAGGAUCCUGUUAAAGAAAUGAACAGAGAGGAGAUGCAGCAGAAAGAAAAUAUGCUAUUCUCUUCUCAGGAGUUUGCUCAAAAGCUUCAAAAGGAAAACAUGACACUGAUGAAAGCCCUAGCACACCGGAAUAAAAUCGUCGAGUUGAGUGGUAUUGAGUUUCAGAAACUGAGGAUCAACUUAAGGAGUGUGCAAGAAAAGAAUUUGCAGCUUGCGCAGGCAAACAGUCAGAUGUUGGCGGAACUCAAUACAAGUAGAGACAGACUCAAGGAACUCCAGCAUGAACUUGGCUGCAAGAAUGCAUUACUUAAGGUCAAGAAACAGCUUGAGGAGGAAACGCUUCCACGUACAGAUCAUGCAUCGCAAGACAAGGUUUUAGCAAACGCUUCUGAUGGUGAUUGCAAAACCUUUCAGGUGCAUGAUAUGAAUCAAAAAGAUACCAAAAGAAAGCGGACGUCGAGGAUAAAACCUUCAGGAAGUGCCGACGUCAAGCCAAUACACGUGAAUGAGAAAGCUAAAAGUAAAAGGAGAGUUUCUGGAGUUAUAGAUACCACUGUUAUACCUGAAGAGACCUGCCAAACUAAAGAUGACAUUGAAAAGGAGGUUGUCUCUGGGGAGGAAAAUCAAAUUAUUGACAAUGUCGUCAACAAGAAGUUUGUUCUUGAUGCAGCAAACCCGGGAAAAGACAGUGUGCAUCGCAAGAGGCAAUGCACACGAAGGCAGUCUACCAGGUUUGAUGUUCAAGAAACUGAACCAACGGAAAAAUUGCUUGAGAUGGAUGCUCCCAAAGAAACUAAUGAAACCGCAAGACUCUCUUUGAGAAGACGGUCUGCUCGGUUAAGGCCUGAAGAAGCUGAACCAUGUAAAAGCUUCGAUGAGGGAAUCAAAGUUAUGGAGACGACCAAGAGGAGAAGACUCUCUUCAAUACAACGGUCUGCAAGGUUUGAUAUCCAAGUACCGGAAGUGUCUGACUCUGAAACCUUGAAUGCUGAUGAUGCAAGAAGUUUAGUAAUCGAAGAGUCUCUUGGAUCAAGAUCUGAAGCUGUGGAGGAACCAUCUGAAAGCAGAGGUGACACAAAAGAGACAAACCAGAAACGCAGAGUCUCAACGAGAAGACAAUCAAGAAUGGGUAAAUCUCAAACCGAUGAAGCAAUUAAAGAAAUAGCGACAGACCCAUCUUUAGACAACAACGUAGUUCAAGAGUGUGAUCACGAAACCGAAUCAAAGGACAAGCCUAAAGCUGAUGAAAACGAAGGGAUGACAAGAAGAUCAUCUGUGGGGAGACCAUCGAGACAUGCCGCAGAGAAAGUCCAGUCAUACAAAGAAGUCUCACGUAAAGUGAAGAUGCGACGAAAAUGCUAAAUCUCCAGCAUUUGUCUUGUGCUAUUUGUUCAAAAGCUUACUUCAUGCACUUGUAUGAUUUUGCCGCCUACUUAAAACGAUAGUGUAAGCUAUAUAUAUCUACGCUUCUGUAAUUUGUCAUUACUUUCUUAUGCUUAUUUCUUGUUAGUAGAUAUCAAUUUCCUCAUUAA